UUCAGAAGCUGACUCGUCUACUGGAUCUGCUGGGAAGCUAAGAUAUGGAGACUCUCCUGGAAGUGCUUUCAGGCACCUUGUUGUGGCAGCUGACCUGGGUAGGAAGUCAACAUCUGGAGCAGAGUCCUCAGGCCUUGAUUAUCAAGGAGAGAGAAGAUGUUACCAUUAGCUGCAAUUCCUCAAAGACUUUGUAUUCUGUACACUGGUACAGACAGAAGCAUGCUGAAGGUCCCAUCUUCCUGAUGAUGUUACUGAAUGGUGGAGAAGAGAAAAGUCAUGACAAAAUAACUACCAUGUUUAAUGAAAAAAAGCAGCUAAGCUUCCUGUAUAUCAGAGCCUCCCAGCUCAGUCACUCAGGCACCUACUUCUGUGCAGCAGAGACACAGCAGUACAUAGGCUUCCAAAGACUGCACUCAAACCUGACACUGGAUCUCAGAUGUUCACCUGGCACAGGGCCUCUAUGGAACCCUAAUCAGAGAUCUAUUCAAGAAAAAAAGGGAGUUCAAUUGCUUCAGCAUAACUGGGUCAGUAGCCAAGAACUGCUGCAGAGUCCUCCAUCUCUGAGCAUCCCAGAGGGAGAGAACCUCACCAUAAGUUGCAAUUCAUCAACGACUUUAUAUGCCUUACACUGGUAUAGGCAGAAGUGUGAUGGGGAGUUCGUCUUCUUGAUGCUAUUUCGUAAAGGUGGAGAAGAGAAAAGGCAUGAAAAAUUAACUGCCACGUUGGAUGUGAAAAUGCAGCAAAGCUCCCUGAGCAUCACAGCUGCCCAGCCCAGCCACUCAGGCACUUACUUCUGUGGAGGAGAGGCACAGUGA